UCAAUGAUCAUGAGAACUGACAGGAUGCCACUUGAAUGGGUGAUACCAUGGUUCACCCUCUGCAUUGGACUCUCUGUUGAGACCACUGUCAUGGUUCAGAUGGUGACCAAAAUGCCAGUAAUCACAGUGAGCCCCUCUCACAACAACCAGUACUGUAGUACCUGGGGAAACUAUCAUUUUCAGACUUUCGAUGGAGAUUUCUUCCAGCUUCCCUACACUUGCAACUACAUCCUUGCUUCGCACUGUAAGGGAAGCUAUGAGACUUUCAAUAUUCAGCUCCAGCGGCAGGAGAUAAAUGGGGUCAACACCAUUAAGCAGGUCACUAUGAAACUGGAUGGGGUCGUUGUGGAACUGUCCAACGCUUCCAUCAAAGUCGAUGAGAAACCUGUCACUAUACCCUUCAGCCAGGUUGGCAUUACAAUUGUAAGAACUGUCUCCUAUGUCAAAAUCGAGGCAAAGCUGGGUUUGGUCAUCAUGUGGAACGAAGAAGACUCCCUCUGGGUUGAGCUGGAUGCAAAAUUUGAGAAUCAGACUUGUGGCCUGUGUGGUGACUUCAACGGAGUCCGAACUUAUGAUGAGUUCAUCAACAGAGAAACAGGGGAGUCUUUAACUCCUGAAUAUUAUGGGGAUGUCUGGAAAGUCAAUGGUCCUACUGAAAACUGUGAAGAAGUCUCCUCUACAGCCACACAGACCUGUACAAAUCAGACGGACCUCUGUGAGAACCUGCUGUCAGGACCUGCAUUCCUCAGCUGUCAGGAACUGAUUGAUACUGACUCCUUUAUCAAAGCCUGCAUGAAAGACCUGUGCUACUGUAACAGUAGCACUUCAUGCUUGUGUUCAACCAUAUCAGAGUACUCCCGUCAGUGUGCUCAUGCAGGCGGGAAACCACAACAAUGGAAGACCGCACAACUGUGUGCAAAAACAUGCCCUUUCAACAUGGAGUACUAUGAAUGCGGUAGCCCCUGUACUGACACUUGCAGUGACCCCCAGAGAAGCGACGUGUGUGAUGAUCACUGCAUAGAUGGAUGCUUCUGUCCACCUGGGACUGUGUUUGACGACAUUAACCAAAGUGGGUGUGUUGCUGUUGAUCAGUGCUCCUGCUUACACAAUGGCAAGCCAUACAAACCAGGGGAUUCAUACUCAGGCCCAUGUAAAAACUGCACUUGUACCCAGGGUCAGUGGAGCUGUAAUGAUAUGAACUGUCAUGGUGUCUGUUCCAUAUUGGGAGGCUCCCAUAUCUCCACCUAUGAUGAUAAAACAUACACUUUCCAUGGAGACUGCUCUUAUGUUCUCUCCGAGGAAACAAAUGGGACUUUCAGUGUACUUGGUGAUCUGGUCAAAUGUGAAAAAUCAGAUAAAUCAACCUGCCUGACUGCAGUCACUCUACUCCUGUCUAAAGAAAUGAUGAUUGUAGUUCAAGCCAACGGACAGGUUUUGUAUAACAAACAGAUCUCUACACUGCCUCUUUUCGUGGAUGAUGCAACAGUCUUCAGCCCAUCAACAUUCUUCAUUGUUAUCCACACCACCUAUGGGCUUUCUCUUGAGAUUCAGCUCACACCCAUCAUGCAGGUCUACCUCAAAGCCAGUGUUUCCAAUAAAGGAAAACUCAACGGCCUUUGUGGAGAUUUUAAUGAUGUAGAAGCUGAUGACUUCAGAACCACAAAUGGACUGAUUGAGGGAACGGCUGUGGCAUUUGGCAACACAUGGAAAACCAAAACAAGCUGCCUCGAUGUGACAAACGUACUUAAGGACCCUUGCAUUUUGAGUGUGGUCAACGAGAAAUAUGCCAAACACUGGUGCUCCUUGCUGUCCGACCCAGAAGGGAUUUUCUCAAAUUGCCAUUCUGAAAUAAACCCAGCAGUCUAUCAAGCUUCUUGUAUUUAUGACACUUGUGCCUGUGAAGACAGUGAGGAGUGCAUGUGUGCUGCCUUAUCUUCCUAUGUCCAUGCAUGUGCCGCUGAAGGUGUCUACCUGAAUGGAUGGAGGGACACUGUAUGCCAGAAAUACACGACUGGCUGUCCUUCUACUUUUGUGUAUGGCUACCAAAUGACGACUUGUGGACGCACCUGUCGCUCCCUUAGUCAGUCAGACUCAACAUGUGACGUUGAAUUUACCCCACUUGAUGGCUGCGGGUGUGCUGAAGGAACUUACCUAAAUGAGAUUGAUGUGUGUGUGUCAGCUACACAAUGUCCUUGUUACGUUGGAGACACAGUGGUACACCAUGGGCAAUUCAUCAAGCUCCACGGACGAACUUGCUCCUGCCACAGUGGAAAGUUAAGCUGUACAGGAAGCCACAUAAGUGAAUCCUGCACCGAUCCAAUGGUUUUCUUCAACUGCUCAAGUGCAAAGCCAGGUGUGAAGGGAUCAGAGUGCCAAAGGAGCUGCCAGACACUGGACAACAAAUGCGUUAGUACACAGUGUAUCUCAGGCUGUGUAUGUCCCGAUGGCCUGCUGUCAGAUGGUAAAGGAGGCUGUAUAAAGGAGGAGGACUGUCCCUGCCCAUAUGGUGGAGAAUACUAUAAUUCUGGACAGACAAUCACUGUGGACUGCAAUAACUGCACUUGCAAAAGCAGAAAAUGGGAAUGUACAGAUAAUGAUUGUGAUGGAACCUGUACCAUAUAUGGAGAAGGGCACUACAUCACUUUUGAUGAAAAGAGAUUCUCCUUUCAUGGCGACUGUGGCUACGUCUUCACUCAGGAUUACUGUGGGGACGAUAUGAAUGGCACCUUCAGGGUCCUGACGGAGAGCAUCCCAUGUGGGACAACUGAGAGCAUCUGCUCCACUGCUAUCAAGCUGUACUUGGGGAACAAUGAAAUUAUUCUUUCUGAGGAAAAUAUCAGAGUUAUCAAACAAAGCAAAGGGGAGGAAAUACCCUAUCAGGUCCACACUAUGGGUAUAUAUCUGGUAAUUGAGGCAAAGAAUGGUCUUGUUCUCAUUUGGAAUAAGAAGACAACACUCAUGAUCAAACUCAGCCCCACAUUCAAGGGAAAAGUCUGCGGCCUGUGUGGGAAUUAUGAUGGGAAUAUCAAGAACGAUUUCACCACCAGAAACAAAGAAGUUGUGGUUGAAGCCCUUGAGUUUGGAAACAGCUGGAAAGUGUCACACACCUGCCCUAAUGCAAACGCACUAAAAAAUCCCUGCAGUAUGUACUCACACAGGCAGGCAUGGGCAUUAAAACACUGCGGAAUUAUCAACAAGGAAGUAUUUGCAAGUUGCCAUUCAAAGGUGGAUCCAAAAAAUUAUCAUGAUGCCUGUGUGGAAGACACAUGUGCUUGCAAUACAGGAGGAGAUUGUGAGUGUUUCUGCUCGGCUGUAGCUGCCUACGCAGCAGCCUGUAACAAGGCUGGAGCCUGUGUGAAAUGGAGAACUCCCACAAUCUGCCCUCUGUUCUGUGAUUAUUACAACCCUGAUGGAGAGUGUGAAUGGCACUAUGAGUCCUGUGGAAAACCAUGCAUGAAGACAUGCAGGAAUCCCUCAGGGAUAUGCUACAAUAACAUUCCAGCAUUAGAAGGCUGCUAUCCAAGAUGUCCACCUGAACAAUCUUAUUUGGAAGAAGCUACCAUGAAGUGUGUGUCAAAGGAGGAAUGCGGUUGUUAUGAUGACGAAGGGAAGCAUUACACAGAAGGGGAGGUCAUACCUUCAAAGAAAAACUGUCAAUCCUGUGCUUGUUCUUCAACAACAGUUGAGUGCAGCUAUAAUGUCCAAGCUUGCACUUGUUCAUAUAAAGGACUGACAUACAAGUAUGGAGAUAAAAUCUAUGACACACAUGAUGGAGAUGGAACCUGUAUGACUGCUGUUUGUGGAGAAAAUGGAAAUAUUAUCAGAACCAUAGAGGAUUGCUCUGAAACUUCAACACCACCACCAACAACAACAACAACAGUCUUUGUUUUUAACACAACUGUCACAGAAAAACCUACCACAACAGAAAAGGCAACAACAACCACAACCACAGAAACACCCACAAUUACAACCACAACCACAACCACAGAAACACCCACAACCACAACCACACCCACCACAACAACCACAGAAACACCCACAACCAGCACAACAACCACAACCACACCCACACCCACUACAACAACCACAGAAACACCCACAACCACCACAGAAACACCCACAACCACAACAACCACAGAAACACCCACAACAACCACAGAAACACCCACAACAACCACAGAAACACCCACAACAACCACAGAAACACCCACAACCACAACCACAACCACAACCACACCCACCACAACACCCACAACCACCACAGAAACAACCACAGAAACAACCACAGAAACACCCACAACCACAUCCACCACAACAGCCACAGAAACACCCGCUAACUGCUUUGUUUGUAAGUGGUCAGAUUGGAUGAGCAAUCAUUACCCUGACCAAACCAGAAAUGGUGGAGAGUAUGAACCCAUUGAUAAAAUUACUGUUCUAAAUCUGACUGAUUGCAGAAAACCUUUGGGAAUAGAAUGUAGAUCAACCCUACUACCUGAUGUAUCUUUAAAUGACCUUGGUCAAAACAUAACAUGCGAUUCAGCAGUUGGACUGACUUGUCAUAACAAAGACCAAAGUGAUAGUCAAUGUCAGAACUAUGAAGUACGAGUCCAUUGUUGCACCUACAUUUGUCCAACAACCACACCCACACCCACUACAACAACCACAGAAACACCCACAACCACCACAGAAACACCCACAACCGCACCCACCACACCAACCACACCCACCACAACAACCACAACCACACCCACCACAACACCCACAACCACCACAGAAACAACCACAGAAACACCCACAACCACACCCACCACAACAACCACAACCACACCCACCACAACACCCACAACCACCACAGAAACACCCACAACCACAACCACAUCCACCACAACAACCACAACAACCACAACCACAACCACACCCACCAUAACACCCACAACCACCACAGAAACACCCACAACCACCACAGAAACACCCACAACCACAACAACCACAGAAACACCCACAACAACCACAGAAACACCCACAACCACAACCACACCCACCACAACAACCACAACCACACCCACCACAACACCCACAACCACCACAGAAACAACCACAGAAACAACCACAGAAACACCCACAACCACAUCCACCACAACAGCCACAGAAACACCCGCUAACUGCUUUGUUUGUAAGUGGUCAGAUUGGAUGAGCAAUCAUUACCCUGACAAAACCAGAAAUGGUGGAGAGUAUGAACCCAUUGAUAAAAUUACUGAUCUAAAUCUGACUGAUUGCAGAAAACCUUUGGGAAUAGAAUGUAGAUCAACCCUACUACCUGAUGUAUCUUUAAAUGACCUUGGUCAAAACGUAACAUGCGAUUCAGCAGUUGGACUGACUUGUCAUAACAAAGACCAAAGUGAUGGUAAAUGUCAUAACUAUGAAGUACGAGUCCAUUGUUGCACCUACAUUGUUGACAUUUGUCCAAUAACCACACCGCCACCCACUACAACAACCACAGAAACACCCACAACCACCACAGAAACACCCACAACCGCAGCCACCACACCAACCACAACCGCCACAACAACCACAACCACACCCACCACAACACCCACAACCACCACAGAAACAACCACAGAAACACCCACAACCACAACCACACCCACCACAACAACCACAACCACACCCACCACAACACCGACAACCACCACAGAAACACCCACAACCACAUCCACCACAACAACCACAGAAACACCCACAACAACCACAACCACAACCACACCCACCACAACACCCACAACCACCACAGAAACACCCACAACCACAUCCACCACAACAACCACAGAAACACCCACAACAACCACAGAAACACCCACAACCGCACCCACCACACCAACCACAAGAACAACCACAACAACCACAGAAACACCCACAACCACAACCACACCCACCACAACAACCACAGAAACACCCACAACCACCACAGAAACACCCACAACCGCACCCACCACACCAACCACACCCACCACAACAACCACAACCACACCCACCACAACACCCACAACCACCACAGAAACACCCACAACCACAACCACAUCCACCACAACAACCACAGAAACACCCACAACAACCGCACCCACCACACCAACCACAAAAACAACCACAACAACCACAGAAACACCCACAACCACAACCACAACCACACCCACCACAACAACCACAGAAACAACCCCAACCACAACCACACCAACACCCACUACAGCAACCACAGAAACACCCACAACCACAACCACCACAAUAACCACAACCACACCCACCACAACAACCACCACAACAACCACAACCACCACAACCACACCCACCACAACAACCACAGAAACACCCUCAACAACCACAGAAACACCCACAACCACAACCACCACAGAAACACCAACCACAACCACCACAGAAACACCCACCACAACAACCACAACCACAGGAACACCCCUAACCACAACCACCACAACAACCACAACCACACACACCACAACACCCACAGAAACACCCACAACAACCACAGAAACACCCACAACCACCACAGAAACACCCACAACCACAACCACAACCACACCCACCACAACAACCACAGAAACACCCUCAACAACCACAGAAACACCCACAACCACAACCACCACAGAAACACCCACAACCACAACCACAACCACAACCACACCCACCACAACAACCCCAGAAACACCCUCAACAACCACAGAAACACCCACCACAACAACAGGAACACCCCUAACCACAACCACCACAACAAUCACAACCACACACACCACACCACCCACAGAAACACCCACAACAACCACAGAAACACCCACAACCACCACAGAAACACCCACAACCGCACCCACCACACCAACCACAAAAACAACCACAACAACCACAGAAACACCCACAACCACAACCACCACAACAACCACAGAAACACCCACAACCACCACAACAACCCCAACCACAACCACACCCACACCCACUACAGCAACCACAGAAACACCCACAACCACAACCACCACCACCACAAUAACCACAACCACACCCACCACAACAACAACCACAACAACCACAACCACCACAACAACCACAGAAACACCCUCAACAACCACAGAAACACCCACAACCACAACCACCACAGAAACACCCACCACAACAACCACAACCACCACAGAAACACCCACCACAACAACCACAACCACAGGAACACCCCUAACGACAACCACCACAACAACCACAACCACACACACCACAACACCCACAACCACACCCACAAUCACCACAACCACACCCACUACAGCAACCACAGAAACACCCACAACCACAACCACCACAACACCCACAACCACACCCACAACCACACCCACAACCACCACAACAACCACCACAACAACCACAACCACACCCACCACAACAACCACAGAAACACCCUCAACAACCACAGAAACACCCACAACCACCACAGAAACACCCACACCCACCACAACAACCACAACCACAGGAACACCUCUAACCACAACCACCACAACAACCACAACACACACACCCACAACCACCACAGAAACACCAACAACCACACCCACCACAACAACCACACCAACCACAGAAACCCCCACAACCACAACCACCACAGAAACACCCACAACGACACCCACCACAACAACUACAAAAACAACCACAAAAACCACAGAUACACCCACAACCACUACCACACCCACCACAACAACCACAACCACAGGAACACCCCUAACCACAACAACCACAACAACCACAGAAACACCCACAACCACACCCACCACAACAACCACAGAAACACCCACAACCACAACCACAGAAACAACCACAACCACAGAAAAACCCACCACAACACAAAAGGUAACAACAACAACCACAGAAAAACCCACCACAACAGAAAAAGCAACAAGCACAACAAUUGCUGUUGUAACUGGUGGUACAGUGGUUUCAACAUUACAAACAAGACAUGUGGUCAUGGGUACAACUACAAAAGCCACAGGAAAGCCCACCACAACAAGCCUGACAGAAAAUGAACAACAACAACAAAAGACCACUCUUGAAACUCCAACUGUAACUUCUCAGUCAUCAACCCCAGGAAGAACAACCAUAUGUUUUUGCAAGUACAUGGAUCAAAUUUUCUCUCCUGGUAGCUUCAUGUACAAUAAAACUGAUGGAGCAGGCUGGUGUUUCACUGCAUAUUGCAGAGGGACAUGCACUGUUGAGAAGCUUAGUGGACCAUGCCACUCUACUACUCCUACAACUACCACACCAAGCACCACAACACAAAUUGGCUCAACAACCAAACAACCUCACAGUGACUGUUUACAUCUCAAGCCACCAAGAAAGCAUGGUGAGUCGUGGAGUUUAGGCAAAUGCAAGACAAGAGCCUGUGACAAUGGAACAGAAAUAGAAGUGGCAUGUGAAUCAGCCACCAUUCCUAUGUGUGAAAAUGAGCUACCACCAGUUAAGGUUUCUGAUGACUGUUGUCCGCACUAUGAGUGCAGAUGUGUUUGCUCUGGCUGGGGAGAUCCUCAUUAUCAGACAUUUGAUGGCCAGUACUACAGCUUACAGAAAAACUGCACAUAUGUUUUGGUCAAAGAGAUCAUUCCUGAACACAAUUUAACGAUUCUUAUCGACAACGAAAACUGUGAUGCCUCUGGAACUGUUACGUGUGCAAAAGCCCUGAUUGUGAAUUACAAAAACUAUGAAGUUAUUCUUACACUGGAGAGAACCCCAAAGACCAAGACCAUGGUGUACGUCAACGGCAAGCUGGUUUCCCCAACCUACUCUAAAGACGGCAUAAUCAUUACAAGUUCAGGAAUUGAACUCAUUUUGAGAAUCCCGGCAAUUGAAGCAGUUGUGAUGUACAAAUGGCUUUCAUUCAAAGUUGAAUUGCCAUUUUCCCUUUUCCACAACAAUACAGAGGGACAGUGUGGUACCUGUGACAAUAACAAGAAAAACGACUGUAGAUUGCCAAAUGGCCAGAUUCAUCCUUCAUGCUCUGAGAUGGGACAUGAAUGGCAUGUACCAGAUAAGAAAAAACCAUAUUGUGAGAAGCCGCCUCCCCCACCACAACCAACAUCAAAACCACAACCCUGCGAUCCUGUUACUUGUGAAAUUUUGAUCAGCAAGGUGUUUGAGGAAUGCCACAAAGUAAUCCCACCAAAUAAAUUUUAUGAGGCCUGUAAAUUUGAUAUUUGCCACACAAAUUCCAGUCUUGGUUGUUCCAGUAUGGAGAUGUACGCCAUGCUGUGUGCUGAAGCGUCUGUCUGUGUAGCCUGGAGGAAUGCUACAAACGGACAGUGCGACUAUAAAUGUCCAGAAAAUAAAGUCUACAAGCCUUGUGGGCCAACUGUUGUACCAACCUGCAAUGCAAGAUACAAUAAGAAUGUACUACAAUGCCAGAGAGAAAAUGGCAACCAGAACCAAGAUUGUAAUGGAUUCUUGGAGGGAUGUUUCUGUCCAGACGGGAUGACUUUGUUCAAUCCAAAAUCUGACAUCUGUGUCUCCUCCUGUUGCACUGGACCUGAUGGCCAACCUAAACAGCUUGGUGAGACUUGGCAGAGUGGUUGUCAGCAGUGUGUUUGUGAUGAGGACACUCUGAGUGUUCAGUGUGAGCCUCUCUCAUGUCCCACUCAAGAACCAAUAACCUGUACCGAGGAAGGUGAGGUGUUGGUGAACCGCACAGUGGACUGCUGUGAGAAACUGACAUGUGAAUGUGAUAGGAGUCGUUGUUCGUUGGCAACAGAGUGCAAACUGGGAUUUAAGUUGGAGAUCCACAUGUCAAAUGACAGUUGCUGUCCCUCUUACCUUUGUGUGCCCAAAGACGUCUGUGUCUUCAAUGAUACUGAGUACAAGCCUGGUAUGAAUUUCUCCAAAAGCCUGUGUGAAUCAUGCAGCUGCACUGAAGCUCAGGAUCCCACCAGCAAGUUGAAAGCCCAUGAGUGUCAUCUGGAGCAGUGUGACAAACAGUGUGCAGAGGGCUAUGUGUAUGAAAAGCAACCUGGACAAUGUUGUGGAUCAUGUAUAAAGACAAGCUGCUUUUUGGACGUCCCAGGUUUCAACUCCCAGAUCAUUAUUAAACCUUCUCAGUCUUGGUCACCACCAAAUGAUAACUGUACCAAGUAUGAUUGCGAAAAGGUGAAGGACGAGUUUAUAAUCUUUAAAAACCAAACAACAUGUCCUGCAUUUGAUCGAGAGAACUGCGUUCCUGGAACGGAACAAAGUGACAUUAACGGUUGUUGCAAAACUUGUACUCCUCGCCACAGCUGUCAGAUGAAGAAGAACACCACCUAUCUGUAUACAAACAACUGCAGGUCAGUUGUAAUGGUGGAAAUCACAGCCUGUGAGGGAUCCUGUGGAGCGUCUUCAUCAAUGUACUCUGCUGAGAGCAACAGUUUGAUGCAUUCGUGCACAUGCUGUCAAGAAAUGGCCACCAGUAAGAAGGAGGUGGAGAUGUCCUGCCCUGAUGGCAGCACAAAGAUGCACACCUACAUUUCAGUUGACAAGUGCGGUUGCCAUGUCGCUGAAUGUCCUAUCGACACCACAGUGUAAAGUAAACAUCUGGAAAGUCAAAAUCUGACUAAUAUACCUUUAUAAACUUGAUCAAUUCCUCUCCAAAAUCUACUAGAGAAUCCAGACUCAGUAUGUGAAGACCACCAAAGACACACCUUUGUGUAUUCAGCAGCCACAAAAUACGAGCCAAUAAGUUAAACCUUUCAAACAGCAGAGAUGUUGUGGUCUGAAACUCCCUACACCUCUGCAAAUUGGCUCUUUUUAACUCUGACUGUCAUAACUUCCUUAUUUACUGUCAGGGAGGCAGGUGUGCAUAGUGCCCCAUAAUGACAGCACACAUUUGUGUCAUGGUGUCUCUUGUAGCUUUUGGAGACGUUCCUUUAUGCAAUCUAUAUGAUAUGGUGUUUUAAUUCUUAGGGGGUGUUUCUCUUCCUUUUACUGCAAAUGACUUGAGAGAUAAAAGACACAAGAAUGGCUUCAGAUAUACAGUAUAUUGUAUUAAUGCUAUGAGGAAAACAGAUUACAUUUCUUGUAAAAUGUGAAAGAUUUAAAACAUGAAUUUGAAUUUUAAAUGACUAUAAAUGACGUUCAUUGUUUCUAACAGCAGCAUCAACAUAAAUGAACUCACACUAACUCAUUUAAUGUAUAAAUAAAAGAGUGUAAACAAUAUCAAAACUAUCUUUGUCCAACAUCUGAACCCUCUGCUAACCUGAAUGUCUUCAGUAUCAAUAAAAAAUUACUUAUCAUCAUCA